AUGCAGAGUGUAAUUAAUUCAGUAAAAGGAACAGCCCUGGGUGUUGCUGAGUAUCUAACCCCUGUCCUUAAGGAAAGCAAAUUUCGGGAAACAGGUGUAUUAACACCAGAAGAAUUUGUAGCAGCGGGUGACCAUCUAUAUGCAGCAGAAACUAAAAAACCGGUUAAGGAGAAAAAAGAUAACUUUCCUGAAGGCGAAAUAAUUCAUACGAGAACUUAUGAUCUCCAUAUAACUUAUGACAAAUAUUAUCAGACGCCACGACUGUGGCUAUUUGGUUACGAUGAAAAUCAAAAACCACUUACGGUCGAAGAAAUACAUGCAGAAGUUAUGAAAAAAAUAAUAGAAACAGUGAUGGAAGGCGGAGGUGAAUUAGGAGUCCACAUGUAUCUCAUAAUCUUUCUUAAGUUUGUCCAGUCGGUGAUUCCGACAAUCGAGUACGAUUACACGCAAAAUUUCAUGCUAUCUAGUUCAAGUUAA